AUGGAACCAAGAUCAAGAGAAACUACUCCUACAAAAGAGGAUUUGGAUUUUAUAGUUGAUGAUGGUUACAGACAUGAUGUGGAUCCAGAUUAUAUUCCAGAUGAAAAAUAUCUUGUUAGUGGAAAAGAAUUUAAAAAGUUAGUUCGAAAUGCUAAAAAACUUGGUGCUGAAUCGCUUGAUUAUUCAACACGAAAAAAUAACAAAUACAUGGCAACGCUUUCAAGUGGAAAGAAAGUUCAUUUUGGAUCACCAAAAUAUCCAGACUACACUAUUCACAAAGACAAAGAUCGACGAGAUAAAUAUCUUUCUAGAGCGACAAAGAUUAAAAAUAAACAAGGUGAGUUAACUUAUAAUAAUCCCGAAUCGGCAAACUUCUGGUCCGUUCAUUUACUCUGGCCAAAAAAAUAAAUUAUGGCUUAAGGAUUAAAUUUUAUAAAUAAAAAUGCAGUUAUCUGCUUACGAUUAUCUAACUCCAGAGAAUAUUGUUUUUAAUGAACCUAAAGAGUACAAAGUAAAAGACAGCAAGAUCAAAUACAAACGUAUUCCAAUUGAAGUCAAAUAUCCAAAUGGAAAGAAAGGACAACUUGUAAUUGAAACUCCAGUUCUUUUUUCUUUUGGAGUAAAUGAAAAGAAAAACCAAGAAACAAACAAGUUAGUUGGUUAUAGUAUACCAGUAUGUCUUUGGGCUAAAGGUAGUGAGCCGAGUACUAAAGAGCGUGCAUUUUUUGAUGUUAUUAAUAAUAUAACAACCAUCUCUCAGCAAUAUUUAGAAAAUGAAUACGGUGCAGAUCUAGCAUCAACUCUAUCUUCACCAUUAUAUUUUAAACAGGAAGAAUAUACAGAUAAGAAAGGAAAGAAGAAAACAAGAAUAGAUCAUUCAUCCGCACCAGCUCUUUACGCAAAACUUAUUUACUCAGAAAAAUCUAAGAAAAUUCUUUCAUUAUUUAAAACAAAAGGAAAGAAGGAUUUAAAUCCUUUCAAAUAUUUUGAUCAGUACUGCAAUGUUAAAAUGGCUUUGAUUGUUGAAGGAAUCUUUAUUAGUAAGACUGUAACAUCUUUACAAAUAAAAGUACAUUAG